AUGGAGCCACAGCACAUGGAACCACCACCACUCUGCGCCAAUGGCUGCGGCCUCUAUGGAUCAGUACAGAACGCCAAUUUAUGCUCCAAGUGCUAUAAAGAAUUCCAAAAGCAACAAGAGCAAGCAAUAGAAGCAUCAACUUCCUCCAUAGCUCGCCCCUCUUUGAAUGAUGAAACUAUUGCUGGUUCAACUGAUCAGACUGCCUCAAACCGCCGAACGAAUCGGUGCAACAGCUGCAACAAGCGGCUAGGAUUGAUGGGGUUCAACUGCCGCUGUGGAAAUGCAUUUUGCAGGUCGCAUCGACACCCUGAAGACCACGCAUGUACUGUUGAUUUCAAGGGGCUUGGCCAUGAGCUUUUGAUCAAACAAAAUCCACUUUGUAAGGCUGACAAAUUGGAGGAUAGGAUCUAG